AUGACCCCACUUCGGCCGAGAAUGGGUCGCACAGUGACCCUCGUGCUUGCCAUGUCCACCUGGGUGAUGGGGGUCAUUCUGGGUAUACCGUCUUUGAUCUACUACAAGACCUACACUCAACCCUACCCGGACGGCGAGGAAAGGGUCAUUUGCUACCCAGAAUGGCCCGAUGGGGUCACCAACUUGUCCAUGAUGGAAUACAUAUUCCGGCGCGGUUUCAAGCAGUUCUUUUCAUGGCUGCCUUUUGUCAACCUCAGUCCGGAAGUGCUGACAAGACGGGAAGUGCUGACCAGCAAACGGCGUUCUUAUUCGGCCGCUUCUCCAGAACGGAAUCGCAUCGUUAGAAAUGUUGCCGGCCAUGGUAACCACAGCACCCAGCAUUUAAACCUCCACACAACGCGACCUCCCACGACAUCCACUGACACCUGCUACAUGAACGUGAACGAGACCGAAGUGUCGGCACGAAGGCUUCGCUCUUUCAACCACCAGAACCCCUGA